CUUGCUUAGUUACAACUCAAAUCCAAUUGAAACCUAUUUGGCGAAAGCAAAACCUGGAACUUGCGCGAUAAAUCAUUUUUGCAACCCGUUGGCGCACAUUUCUUUUGUUCAAUUUCGUAACUCUGCGUCAGUCAAGCUCUUUCUGAUACAUUUUCGCAGUUAUUUUUCGCAAAAUUCAGAGUGCACAUUUAAAUUAAUGCCCUUGUCCGUCAGUACGCACACCAUUUCCUGUUCGCCGCCCUUUCGCUGGGCCCCGGGGUCAGUUGUCAAUUUGAAAAGUGGAAACACAUCACAAUCGUCGCGAUAACUCUGCCCGUCUGCCGUUUGUUUAUUGGUUUUUGCAACGGUCAGAAGAAGGCGAGUAAAAAAUAAUUCGCUGCACUCGUUAAAUAAUCCUCCAAUCGAGCUCAGUUCCGCGCGGAUCCCGAAAUGAGGGACUUUGGACAAUGACAUGGAUUGCUGCUGCUGCUGCUGCUGGGCAAUGUGUUGUGGGAAAAAAGCAAUAUUAAAUCCAAAGCUAGUGUGUUCAUAAUAAUGCAAGUCCCAACUGAGAAAUUGCUGGCGUACAGAUCCCUGAUUGCACUGGCAAUCUGCCUACACAUGCUGGAGCAAUCGAUCCAACCGUGCCACUGUGUUCAUGGUUUCAGAAACAACACGGAGAGCGCCGAGCUGGUCUCCCACUACGAGUCGAGCCUCUCGCUCCCGGACAUUCUGCCAAUUCCGUCGAAAACCUACGAUAAGAACCGGGCUCCCAAGCUGCUAGGGCAGCCCACCGUAGUCUACUUCCAUGUCACAGUCCUCUCGCUGGACUCCAUCAACGAGGAGUCUAUGACCUAUGUGACGGACAUUUUCCUUGCACAAAGCUGGCGUGAUCCACGCCUGCGGCUGCCCGAGAAUAUGAGCGAACAGUAUCGCAUCUUGGAUGUGGACUGGCUGCACAGCAUCUGGCGACCCGACUGCUUCUUUAAGAACGCCAAGAAGGUUACCUUUCACGAGAUGAGCAUCCCGAAUCACUAUCUCUGGCUGUACCACGACAAGACGCUGCUCUACAUGUCCAAACUCACGCUGGUCUUGUCGUGUGCCAUGAAAUUCGAGUCCUAUCCACACGACACGCAAAUCUGCUCCAUGAUGAUCGAGAGUUUAUCUCAUACGGUGGAGGAUUUGGUGUUUAUUUGGAAUAUGACAGACCCGCUGGUGGUCAAUGCGGAGAUUGAGUUGCCUCAGCUGGACAUAUCCAACAACUACACGACCGAUUGUACCAUAGAAUAUUCAACGGGCAACUUCACCUGUUUGGCCAUCGUGUUCAAUUUGCGAAGACGCCUGGGCUACCAUUUGUUCCACACCUACAUCCCCUCGGCUCUGAUCGUGGUCAUGUCGUGGAUAUCUUUUUGGAUCAAGCCGGAGGCGAUACCGGCCCGUGUAACCCUGGGAGUGACCUCGCUGCUGACCCUGGCCACCCAGAACACACAGUCGCAACAAUCGCUGCCCCCGGUGUCGUACGUAAAGGCAAUAGACGUCUGGAUGUCGUCCUGCUCGGUGUUCGUCUUCCUAUCCCUGAUGGAGUUCGCCGUGGUCAACAACUAUAUGGGACCGGUGGCCACCAAGGCCAUGAAGGGCUACUCGGACGAGAAUAUUAGCGAUUUGGACGACCUAAAGUCUGCCCUCCAGCAUCAUCGGGAAUCGAUUAUCGAGCCGCAGUACGACACUUUCUGCCAUGGCCAUGCCACAGCCAUCUAUAUAGACAAGUUCUCGCGCUUCUUCUUUCCGUUCUCGUUCUUCAUACUCAAUAUCGUCUACUGGACAACGUUCCUCUGA